CCCCUUAAUCGAAAGAAACCAACCCAAGUACAGAACCAGUGUAACAAAAGAGAAGGAAGAACACCGUGAAAUCCCGAAUUAUGCCAACCGCCAAUUUUGUAGCUCUGCAAUGCUGCCAAUGCUUCACAAUGCAGGUGAAACAAAGGAAGAAGAGCAGCAACAAAUGGACGUGCGUGGUCUGCAAUCAAAAGCAAUCGGUGCUCAAGGUCUUUGCUCAAGGUCCCAUGGCUAAAGACGUUCGCAAAUUCGUCCAGUCUUUCAACAUGACCCGAAAAUUUACCGAUCAAAACCAACUCUUCGAUCCCACAUCGGAAUAUGACAUCGAUUUGGAAGAUGACGAUGGUGGAGAUCUGGAAAAUCCGAAGAAAAGACACACCGAUUGGACCGAGUAUCUCGACUCAGAGGAUCAUCAUGAACACAAAUUAGUUUUACAAGAAGAGGAACAAGGGGUCGAUUUGGAACCAGAGAUUGUGACAGAGUUGCCUGCAAAGGAGAAGUUCAAAAGACCCAAAUUGAGGAACUCUGAUACUGGGGAAGAAGGCGUUGGUCAUCAGCUUUAUAAACCACUUUUAUACAAGAGAAAUUGCAGAAAGGCUACUAUGCUCUUUUCACAAGGUAAUAAUAACAACAACAACAUAGAUGAGAAGGCAGAUAGGCAGCAACAAGCAGAUGGAGACAUAGGUUCAAAAAAACAAAGCGACUUGACAAUAAGAAAAGUAGGGGAAAUUUUGGAGUCAAUGAGGAACUCUAAGCCAGCAACAUCUAAAGUGAAUUCAAAGUGGAAAGAUUACAUAACUGAAGAAGAUGAGGGCGACAGCUUGGAACAGUGUUGUCCAAGAAACUCUGCAAAUUAUAUGGACAAAUGGGGGAAUGCCGACGAUGCAGUUUUGAACACUGAUUCCAUCAAAUAUCAAAUAGUCGAAGAUGAUAUCCAUCCUGAUUUCAUGUGAAUAUAUAUCUCAUGUUGUUCAUCAUCCUUCUCAUUCCAUAAUAUAUGGGAACUAAUAAAAAUUCCUCUUUAAUUAUUCUUCUUUCAUUGUUUUUUAGUUUUAUGAAUUAGUUUGAUAGGUUGAUUUUUUAUUUGGUUUUCGGAGCUGCGAGAUCUGAAAUUACAAUUAAAAACUUUCAUUUUGGAA